GAAUCAAAAAAAAAAUAGAACUUUGACAGUUUUUGUCAGCCAAGAGUUCGUGUCAGCUACUAAAAAUUUCCCCCAUUGACGGCGGAUAACACGGACGUUGCAGGAGUCCUGCGCCUCACCUUCAACUUCACGCGCCUGGAUCUUUUUCAUCUACACACACCUGCCAGCAAAGAUCUCAUUUAAAUGUCUACGAAUAAUUUGCACGAUGAAUACCACAGAGCAUCCAAGUCCAUCGCGGUGAUCACCUGCAGCACACGCCCGUCUCGUAUUGGUCAUUUGAUCGCGCAGCACGUUAUCGUCGAACUCAGCUGUCACCUCUCCAAGCUCGACAGAAAUGAUCUUCAUCUGUCAUCCAUUGAUAUGCUUUCGCAUAUGCUACCAUUUCUCGAUGAACCAGGAGUGCCCUCCAAACUUCCAGCAGCAAACCCAACUCCACAUUACACCAAAGCACAUACUCGUGAAUGGUCUAUUGAGGUUCUCAAACAUAGUGCUUUCAUCUUCGUCAUUCCUCAGUACAAUUGGGGCUAUCCGGCAGUGAUCAAGAACGCCAUGGACUAUCUCUAUCAUGAGUGGGCUGGCAAGCCCGUGUUUGUCGUGAGUUAUGGAGGUCAUGGUGGAGGCAAAGCAGCAGCGCAGCUGGUUCAAGUGUGUCAAGGGCUCAGGAUGAGACCACUUUUUCAAACCGUGGGAUAUCAAAUUAAUCUCGAGGAAUCUUGUCAGCAUUUGGAAUCCGGAGAAUUUUCGUCAGAACGUCUCCAAAUUUGGAAAUCUGACAAUGUAGAAGAUGAACUGCAAGCAAGGUUCUUGGAACUUGUUGAAUUAAUAUAAAUUUACACAUAAGAAAUACGUCUUGCUAGGAUUUAAAAUAAAGAUACGCACUGCUGAGUAUUCA